UCUGCUCACUCGUUGCAGAGAUGUACCAGCUGCCCGGACUCCACUUCUCCUCUUCCUCCUCUCUGUCCUCCUCCACAUCUCCUCAGCGGGUGUCCAGCAGUGAUGUUGGGGACUCUGUAGGAGCACAGGACCGGCUGUAACCCAGGUGGAGAGUCACUGUGAAAACUGGAUGUGAAGGGGAAGCGCCAAGGUCAUGAUCGACUGGCCCAAUGUGACGGCGUCCGGCUACCAGGAGCUGGGCCUGAAACCUGAGGAGCUACAGAAGUCCAAAUGUGUCCUGGGCUUCAUCCCUGUCAUCUACUACAGUGUUCUGCUCUGUGUGGGAGUACCAGUGAACAUCCUCACAGCAGUGGCUUUGUCCAGACUGGCCUUCCGCACCAAGAAAGCUCUGUACUACUACCUCUUGGCAGUGACGGCCUCAGAUAUUCUCUCCCAGCUCUUCAUCAUCUUUGUCGGCUUCCUGUUGGAGACAGCAGUUUUUCACCGUGAUGUCCCUGCACUCCUGCUGCACUCUGUCAGCGCUGCCGAGUUUGCCGCCAACCACGCCUCCAUCUGGUCCACUGUACCCCUCACCGUGGACCGCUAUGUGGCACUGUGCCACCCCCUCCUCCACCGCCAGAUCAGCUACCCGGCCCGGGCCAGGAAGAUCAUCGCAGUGGUCCUGGCAUUAUCGCUCGCAUCGGGCGUGCCCUUCUUCUGGUGGUCGGACAUGUGGAGGAACAGCCACCCGGCCACAGCGCUGGACACCGUCCUCAUAUGGACACAUGUAACUAUCAUCUACUUCCUGCCCUGCAGCAUCUUCUUAGUGCUGAACUCUUUGAUAAUCCACACGCUGAGGGUGAGGCAAAGGCAGCAGCCUUGCCAGGAGGAGCGUGGGCAGAAGCCCGCACCUCCUCGGCGACUUGGGAAAACCACGGCAAUGCUGCUGGCCAUCACCUCUGUGUUCUCUGUGCUGUGGGCUCCCAGGACUGUCGUGGUCAUCUACCACCUGUAUGUGUCUUCAGUUCACCGAGACUGGCGUGUCCACUUGGCAUACGACCUGUCCAACAUGCUGGCCAUGCUCAACACAGCAGUCAACUUCUUCCUUUACUGCUUCGUCAGUAAGCCCUUCCGUGGCGCCGUGCGGGACGUUGUGCUGCUCAGGGGGGGCCCGAUGUAUCCCCGGCAUGCUCUGCCGCACCCGCAGGCCCCCACCAACGCCUCCAUCUCCUCUCUGUACAGUGGGAACAACAAGCGCUCACAGCGGGACUCCACCCCCUUGUCACCUCACAGGGCCAGAAAGCCCUCGUGACCCUGUGCCCCCCGCUCUUAAUCCAAAACACCCAUCAUCCCACGGUCCUUGAGCACUUGUGGCCCCCAGGGACACACACUGCGUUCCAACUACAACUAUGGACAGCUGGCAGCAAGCCCUGGAACUUUCUCAAAGAGCCUAAAAUGAACUCACAAGAAGUAUUAUAGUAUUUCACUGGGUGUUGUUUGUCCAUGUAAAUCAAAAAGUUGACAGUGUAUUUAUUUUUCUUCAGAAGAAUUUGUCAAAAUAAAAGUAGGUUAUGGGAAUUUUUUGUUUUCCAUACAUGGAGGUAAUGUGAUAAAAUAUUUUUUAUAUUGUUACAAGAAAGAAGACGGUGUAGUCCCUCGUUCGUCCAGGAGCGUUCCAUCGUACAAGAAAGAAGAAAAACUGUUUGUUUUCCUUGCGGUUAAUUCAGUAGUUAGAUAGACACAGAAGGGAAAAAUGCAAGGAAAACAUGUUUUGCAUGCUGCUACAGUAAGUGUCAUCCAUUCAACUACCCAGUCCCAUCUUCAUCAUGUCAAGUGGCAUUCAGUUUGCUUCAAUCUAUUUCAGUACCCUGCUAUAGUAUCCACUCUGGAAGAAGAAGGGAGGGAGAAAUAAGAGUUUUAAUUUGAAGUGGGUGCUGUAUCUGCAGUUGUGUAAAGAUGCUGAAUGUCCAAAAGACAAUCCGCCCUGCUGAGCACAGCCAAUCGAGCAAAGAAAUCGUACUCUGUCUCUACAGCGUGCUCCCAGGCACAAAACCCACAGCUGCUAAGGCGAGUGUUUAUUUUUCAUGAAAUGCAACUCGAUGGAGCCUUAAAUGAAAGCUUGCUGCGGUGGGGGAGAAGACCCUACUCUUCAAACAGCCCCUCUACUACAUCACCAACAUGGCCUCAGCUCUGGCUAAACAAACCACAGAUUAGCCUGAUGGUCUGCACAAACACACACAGACAAACUCACAAGAAGGUACACACUCUCAUGCUUAUACGAACACCUGCACACACACACAGACGUCAGCUGGUACAUUUCCAUUUGCAACAACAGGAAUUUUCAUGUAACAUCAUUGCAAUUUGAUGAAAAAUGUACUGUUUCAAUUGUUGUAUCAGUGCUGUGAAAAAUAAGAGAUCUGAAAUUAAACAUCUAACAACUAA